AUGCUUCAUAGAUAGUAUAUAGAGUAGGCUAACAAUCAAAGUCUCUAGGUGUUGGAGGGCAAAGAGUAUAAUUUCUUAGGAGACAAGUUGGUGUUGAGUGAGAACUCAGAUGAAGAGGAAAUUAAGGAAUAGAAGAAGGAAUUUAAAGUACUUUAGAAAACAAAGAAAAAACUUAAUUGGAGAAAGAGUAUGGGAUUGAUUUUUGUUUAGAGAAGAUCAAGUGCAAUGUCAUAUGUGGAGUUUAAUUGGGAGAAAUUUUAAUUGCGUUUAAGAGGAUUAUUGAAAAAAAUAAUUAAAGGAUGUACUAUAGAAAAACCAUAUAUUUUAAGUCCUGAUGGGUCAUUGAAGAUGAUGUGGGACUUAUUAUGUCUUGGAUUAGUGAUGUACGAGAUGAUAAGCAUUCCUUUAUAAAUAAGUUUUGAGAUUGAUGUAAGUGUAGAAUUUUCAAGAGUGUCGACAGGAAUCUUUGCAUUUGAUAUCCUAUUGAAUUUCAAUACUGGUAUUUUUGAAGAUGGAUUAUUAAAGAUGAAUCGGAAUGCAAUAAUUAAGGAUUACGUCUAAUUUUGGUUUUGGGUAGAUUUCACAACUACAUUCCCUUAUGAUAUAAUAUUGGAUGAAUCAUCAAAUUUCAUCCAGAGUGCAAAACUGUUGAGAUUACUGAAAUUGGCCAAAUUGAAGAAGAUAAUGGAUAAAUUUAAUGAGAUACUGCAAUUGAAUUCAAUAUUGGCAGCAAUAUUAACAUUUGGCAAGUUGUUUUUGUUUGUGUUAUUUUUUGCACAUCUGUUAGGUUGUAUAUUCCACUUUACUGCAUAAUAGGAGGAUAAGAAUAUUUCAUGGUUGGGAGAUUUGUACGAUGCUGAUUGGUAUAUCAGAUAUAUAAAUUCAUUGUAUUGGGGAGUGACAACAAUGACUACAGUUGGAUAUGGAGACAUAAGUCCAUUAAAUCCAACUGAAAGAUUUCUAGGUAUUUUUUUAUUAUUAAUUGCUUGUGGUGGUUUUGCUUUCACAAUGAAUUCAAUUGGGUUUGCAUUAUAAAAAAUAAGUGAAAAGUCAAGUCAAACUAAGGAUAAGCUGAGUUAAGUAAAUAAAUAUAUGAAAAAAGCCAAGAUUCCUGAGACACUUCAGAAUAAAAUCAGAAAGUAUUUGGAAUAUGUGUGGGAUAGGAAUGGAGGAGUAGUUUUGUAAUAGAUAACUGGAGCUUUGUCAGUGGAUUUAUCAAAGGAGUUAUAAGAAUAAGUGAAUGGUAAAUUAUUUGGUUAUUUGGAUAUCUUUUGGUCAAAUCAUUCCUACGACUUUCUGGUAUAGUAAGUGAUGCCCAUAAUGAAGGAGAAAGUGUUCUGUCCUUAGGAAAUCAUAUUUGAUGAGUCUGAAUAAGAAUCAUAUGACAUAUUUAUGAUAUAAUCUGGAGAAGUGGACAUCUACUUUCAGAAAACAAAUAUCUCAGUUGAUAAGAAAGGUAAGAAUGAAUUCUUUGGAGAAAUCAGUUUCUAUUCUGGAUAAAAACGAACUGCCAGCACUAAAAGCGUUGAUUUCUCUAAUAUUUUCAUAAUCAAUUCAAGUGAUUUUCUCAAAUUAGCAAGAUCUCAUAGUAAUGAUGUUCAAACUUACUUUAAAAUCAGACACAAAAUAGUUUUUGAUAAAGAUUAUAGUGCCAUAAGCAUAAGAUGUUAUAUGUGUUAGAUGGAUGAUCAUAUUGCCAGAGAUUGCCCGUCUUUGCACUUCUAAGUAUAGGCAUCACAUUAUUUGGCAUUCUUAUAAUAAGUAAAGCAUGUUUAAUAGUCUUCCUUUGUUAGAAAGGAUCGAAUGGAUUUCAAUGCUCGAUUUCAUCACAAACUUAUAUCUCGCAUUUAGGAUAAGUACAUAAACACUGAAAAGAAGAUACAAUACUAUUAAGAACACAAAUCUCACAUGUUAAUAAGCAUAGAGUAAUCAGAAGUUCAAAGUAUACGAACUGAAGAAGACGAUGAAAAUGCCAUUAAUCAAAUCAAUAGAUUAGACAAUUUCGAUCGCAGAUUCAAAUCGUCAGUGAGACUGAAACAUCGUAAAAUUGAUUUUGUCGGCCGCAGUACUGAAUCUAUUGGACGUAGAAUUAGAACCACAAAUAAAGUUACCACUAUCAUCCGUCGUGAUCCCAAGGGAAAACUAACAAUUUCAUGUGGAUCAGAGGAUGAUCAAUUCGAUAAAGUUGCUUUGGAUAGGAUUAAUAAAUAUUUAGAAGAUUUCCAUAAGAAAAUAUCAUUGUCACGUAAAAAAGAAUGGAAGGAAUUCUCAUCCAUCCCUAAUUUUGAAAAAUAUCAUGAAUAUCAUAUCUAUUAUCCAGAAAGCAAUAUAUCUAAAAUUAUACCUCAAUAUUAAAAAUAGAAAGCCAAAAUUAUGACUGAUGUUUCUUUAAAUUCUUAGACUUUUGGUGAAGAAGAACUUAUUGCUUAUGCUUAAUACUAUUGUUAUGAAUUAAAAGUGGCAGAAAUCUCUAAUUUCUUUACUAAAACCUAAAAUAGAAAUGUGUUAACUUAUGAACAACAAAGAAUUCUUAGGUUAGACAGAAGAACUAAAAAAAUGUAAAAUUACAUUCGUAAACCUGCCAGAAUUAAAACAGCCAUUUUAGUAAUCAAGGCUGUUAAGAAAUUUUCUAAAAGUUUAAAAAAUAUUCCUGUUGUAUGA